CAUAAAUAGCUGUCCAAUCUCUGAGCCGGAUGGGGAAACAUAACAAGGCAAAGAGGCAGGCAGGCAGACUGGUGCAAAAAAAUGGGGAAAAAAGGCUGAGGAAAAGGUGAAAUCCUAGCAGAGGUGCAGAGGAGAGUAAGGAGGAGGAGGAGGAGAGAGCGUCUCUCAGUGACAUCUCCAGAGAGACGAGGAAGAAGAUGAGCCAGCACGGAGAAUAUCCAUCACAUGAGGCAGCCAUGCUCUGAGAGGGCGAGACACACGCAGGCCCGCCAGAAGCAGCUGGUCUCGUUAGAAGAGCUGAAAACACAACUGCGGUGGAUGAAAAGCAUGAGGACGUCCAGGAAGGGAAGCGUGGAGAUGCCAGCAUUCAUGCGGCAGCUGGUGAAGGAGACCGAGAAGAGGGUCAGCUCUUUCUUCAAGGGGAGCCGAGGAGGAGCAGCAGACGGGGAGCCGCCCAGGGAAGGGGAGAAGGAGGAGUUCAUCCCCAGCCCUUAUCUGGACCGGCCGGUGUUGGACAAGCUGACUGAGGAGGGCUGUGCCCGCUGGGGUCUCACCUACGCCCUGGGGAGCAUGCAAGGAUGGAGGGCCAACAUGGAGGACUACCACAACUGUCUACCUCAGCUGGGAGGAGAGCUGGCCGACUGGAGUUUCUUUGCCGUGUUCGACGGCCAUGCGGGCAGUUCAGUGGCUCAGCACUGCUCUCAGCAUCUUCUGGGUCACAUCCUGGCUACAGGUGGAAUGGGGCCCGAGGAUGACCCUGACAGAGUGAAAGAGGCCCUAACAGAGGGCUUCCUGCAAACAGACAAGCGUCUCCACUGUGUGGCCCGUCGAGAAGGCUGGGAGAGAGGCGGCACCACAGUGGUGGCCGCCCUAAUCUCGCCGUAUUACAUUUAUUUCGCCAACUGCGGAGACUCGAGGGCCAUCUUGUGUCGCUCAGGUGAGGUUUGCUUCUCCACCGAGGACCACAAACCUUACAGCCCUCUGGAGAAAGAGCGCAUCGAGAGCGCCGGAGGCUCUGUGUCAAUCCAACGUAUCAAUGGUUCUUUGGCCGUGUCUCGUGCGCUGGGCGACUUCGGCUACAAAGGGGCGGAAAACAGGUCGCCCAGUCAGCAGAUGGUCUCGCCUGAGCCUGAAGUGUCCGUCAUGGAGCGAUCACCAGCUGAUGAGUUCCUCGUGCUGGCCUGCGACGGAGUGUGGGACACUAUCAGCAACGAGGACUUAUGCGCCUUCAUACGCAACCGUCUGCAGGUGUGCACUGACCUGAGGGACGUCUGCUCGCAGGUCAUUGACCUCUGUCUCUUCAAGGGCAGCUUGGACAACAUCAGCAUCAUCCUGCUUUGCUUCCCUAGCGCCCCCCAGCUGUCUACAGAGGCAUUACACCAAGAGGCUGAGCUAGAGGAUCUGCUGGAGUCCAAAGUAGCAGAGAUAUAUGAUGAGCUGUCGGCCGGAGGGGAAGAACCUGAUUUGCUGUCGGUCCUCACAGUCCUGGCAUCCACUGUCAUCCCUGGGUUACCACCAGGGGGAGGCAUACAGAGCAAGAGGAACUGCAUCAUCUCUGCUUACUACCAACAAAGAGAUAUGCACAAGGCUACAGUAACAGAUGAAACGUGUGGCUUCUGAGAACGUAGCCUGGAUUAUCUCCAUGAAAGGAUUGUGAUUAUUGUCAAAGUUAACUGUUUUAUUUAUUGUUUAAAAUGGAGAAAAAAGGGAGAUGGUGAACAGCGUCUGUUUACAUCAUUCUAAUAAAGCAGCACCUUGUCAUAACAACCUCAAUGCAAAAGUAGGAAAGCCUGAUACAUUCUAUAUUUGUACAUUUUGUAAGACCUAACUCAGCGACACGGACCCAGCAACAAACUUCUGCCUCAUUAUCAUUGAACAGAAGAUACAAAACAAAUACCAGUAAAACUGAAUAUCAACAACUGUGAAGUCAUACAUUUUGCAAUAGAGAUUUAACAGCGUGAGUAUUUGUAACAAUGUAGGCAAAUCUAAAGUUUAUGUUUGAUGGAAAAAGUACUAAUUGAUUCAUCCAUGUUCGGCAAAACUUCAGUAGUAAAUGCUAAUAGUGCUAUUUUACUGAGCUGGUGGAAAUGUACAAAUAUUCUCGUCAUGAGGAAAUAAACUUAUAAUGUGAAGGAAUAAAAUAAAUUACACAGAUAAUGUACUUAUUUUCUGUUUUUACUUUUGUUAGUAUUACUCCGUAAGCUUUAUUGUUAAUGUUUGGAAUACAAUCAAGUGUUAAGAACAUGUACAAAGGAAUAUUAGAGGGAUAAUGAAAAGCAAAAAAUGAAUACAUUUGUGAAAAAUUAUGAAAGUUUCACAUACAAAAAUAGGCUUUUAUAUAAGAUGUGUAAUAUUGAAAAGUAACAUUAGCUCAAUUAUAUUCUAAUAACGAUUAAGUUUUCUAUUUUGACUGAUUAUUCAAGAAAUAUAUCUAAAUAUGUACCAGCAUGUGAAAUGUAUAUGGGCAAUUAUUUGCUGCCUUAUUGUCUUCAUCUGGAAGGAUAAUUAUCAGGUUAGGCUCAUUUUAUCAGCAUUAAUGUUGUAUUAUCUCAGUGGACAACUUUGUGUGUAUAUGUUUCGAAUUGACUGAUUUUCAACCAAAAUAAAGAAUAUUGAAGUGGCUACUAGCAUUGAUUUAAAAAUGGGAUUUCUUGCAUAGACAAAAAUCUCCUACAGCUUUUUUGAAUAUUUAUCUGUCCUUUGCUGGCGUUGUACCGCACUUAAAGACUGAAGGACAUGUUCUAGGGGUGCAUGU